GGACUCACUGUUAGGGUAGGAGAGAAAGUCUGAGAGGACACAUAUAUACCGGCUGCGUAUUGUGUGUAGGCAGAAAGAACUUUUUUCGCUCUGCGUGAGAGAAGAACCGGACCCAGAGUCGUGAGACUGGAAAAGAAAUUUCUCACUUUCCAUCUCUCCCAGAGUCUCUCUGUACUGUGCUGCGAACAUGGCGACUCUGGACACCGAUAUUAACAUGGUUCCCGUCGGCGAGGGUUCAAGCGGUCCGGGUCCUUCAUCUUCAAGCAAGAAACCCAAACGGUUCGAGAUUAAGAAGUGGAAUGCCGUCGCCCUUUGGGCUUGGGAUAUUGUUGUGGAUAAUUGUGCAAUUUGCAGGAAUCAUAUCAUGGAUCUUUGUAUAGAGUGUCAAGCUAAUCAAGCUAGCGCAACAAGUGAGGAGUGCACGGUAGCUUGGGGUGUGUGCAACCAUGCAUUUCACUUCCACUGUAUCAGCCGAUGGCUCAAGACCCGGCAAGUGUGCCCCUUAGAUAACAGCGAGUGGGAGUUCCAAAAGUAUGGCCACUAGAGUUGGAAAUGGUGCUAUGGGACUAAUAAUCUAUUGCGGCUGAUUUUGUUGCUUGAAGCAGAUAGCUCCGCUCUACAAAUAUCUGUCCCCUUUUCUGUGAUUAUUGUAAACCCAAGAAUGCUAUGAAGCAAAACGGGUGCUUGAAGUAGGAUAACCUGGAUUAUUGAUGUGCUUUUCUUUCCUAGUAGUCUCCAUCUUGAUGUUCUCUAAAUUCUGAACCUAACCCACGUUUCAGAAUGGGUUUGGCUGGAUAUGCACCAUGUACAUUUUCAAAGGUUUUUAAAUUGGAUUCAUCAGGUUAGGCUGCAA